AGGGAGUGAACACUGGAGGGGAGGGGGGGUCAGAGCGAAGAACCGACUAGAAUGCUCGCGCUUUUUAACUUGCGCGCACUAAUUCACGGAGGCUACCAGAGCAACCAACAGACAACAUUUGAUCUGUGGGAAAUAUUACAAGAAUGUAAUGUUCCAGAAAAGCGGAAACAAAACGGGAAAGUCUCGGUGAAAGUGAGAAUUUGGGAUAUGAAGUUUCAAGCCGCAAUUUAUAGCCUAAGUAUCCUGAAUGGAAGGCUCAUUACCAUUUCAGUUGGAGCGACGGUUCAGGAAAUGAACACAUUUUUGGAGGAAACCCUAUUGAUAUCAUCAUAAUUCUUUCUACCGAAAUUGAUCACAAUAAACACUUGAGAUGGAGAAUCGGAUUUUGUUUACUUGCAUACUGUUUGGAAUGUUCCUGCGGAAAUCCUGUGGUCAAAACUCAGCAACUGAAGAAGUGUUGAACUGCUGUGAGGGCGACAUCCUCUUCCUAUUGGACUCCUCAGGCAGCGUCUCAUCCUAUGAGUACUCCCGCAUGCUGGGCUUCCUGUCCGAGCUCCUCCUCCCCUUCUCAUUGGGCGAGGACCAGGUGAGGGUGGGGCUACUGCAGGUGGGCACCCAACCCCGCCUCGAGUUUGGCUUUGACGCCCACAAUACCCAAUCUGGCCUCCAGGAGGCACUGGGGAACACCAAGGCUCUGAGGGGCGACACCAAUACAGAGGAGGCCCUCAGGAUGGCCAAGGACUGGGUGCUGAAGCCUGGAGGGGCCAGGGCAGAGCUACCCAGGGUUCUAGUGUGGCUGACGGACGGGGUGAAGCCGGGUGAUGUGAUUGGACCAAUGGAGGAGCUGAGAGAGGAGGGCGUAGCCGUUCUGGUGAUCUCCACGGGCCACGGAAACUACCAGGUGCUGCGGCAGGUGGUCACCCCACCUGUGGAGUCACACCUGUACUUUGUGGACAUCGACGAUAUGAGUAUCAUCACCAAGGACCUGAGGGAUGCCAUUAUUGAGAUCCUCUGGGCUGAACGGCUCCAGGUGCGAGAUGUGUCCACAGACAGCGCUGUGCUGCAGUGGCGACCGGUUCUGGCCGGAUUGAACGGUUAUUAUGACAUACGGUUUGGACCGGCUCCCAGUGGGGGAGUGGUUGGAGGAGGAGCAGGGGGGCCUGGUACCAGCCCCAGUACCAGUGGUGGCCAGUACCAGAGACUCACCCGGCCAGGGGAUUCUAGCACGGCCAGGCUGACGGGACUAAAGCCAGACACCACCUACACAGCCACACUGACUCCUGAGUCAAACCUGCAGGUGCUCAACCCCCUCUCCGUCACCUUCACCACUAAGCCAGAGGUGUUGAGCCCAGCCGUGGUGACGGUGUCAGACUCAGAGGCCAAUAGUGUGAGGGUGAGCUGGGGUCCUCUGCAGCCAGAGUCUGUCCAGAGCUUCCAGGUGGAGUACUCAGCGCUCCCGGGGGGGAAGCUCCACAUGACUACUGUGGGCCGGGGGCAGAACUCCACCAUGCUGACCAACCUCCAGCCUGACACCCAGUACUUGGUCACCGUGAGCGCCCGUCACUCCUAUGGCCAGGAGAGGGCCAUGUCUGUCAAAGUGUGCACUGAGGAGGUGAGGCCGGAUCUUGCAGACCUGCGGCUGACCACGGUGGGCAGUGACUCUGUGCAGGUGGACUGGAAAGCCAGCAUGGACGGCCUCAGGGGCUACUGGCUCACCUGGGAGGGACAGGAUGGCCACGGCUCUACCAACGCCCAGCGCUCCUCCUUCUACCUGCCCCCCAACUUACUGUCCACACGUCUGACACACCUGCCCCCCGCCACCAGAGUGUGUGUGUGGCCUGUAUACCGGACGACACGCGGGAAGGGCCUCUGCUGCACGGCCCAGUUUCAUUCAGAUGCAUCGGCUUGGGGCCACAGAUCAUAACAUUGCUGAGUUUAACAGGCACUGUACUAUGGCAAGGAUGGAGGGAAGAAGGAGAAGAACAGAUAGAAGAACAAUACAUCUGAACCUGCAUCCCUCUCUCAGUUCAUUCUAUCCUCUCUGGACAUCAUCCACAAUACACAAGGCCUUUGGCUUACAAAGCACUUGUGUUUAAUAGAUACUGAUACAAUACAUAUAGGCUUACUAUACUAUAAAACUGUUGCUCUAUUAGUCAGCACCCUAACUGAACUGUGGGUUGCCAUCUUCUGCAAUGCAGAUUUUCACAUAUUGCCUAACACCUGUAAUCAUACUUAAAACAUUUGUUUGUUUUACAGGUAGUGCACUACUUUAGACCAGAACCUUAUAGACUCUGGUUACAGGUAGUGCACUACGUUAGACCAGGGCCUUGUAGACUCUGGUUACAGGUAGUGCACUACGUUAGACCAGGGCCUUAUAGACUCUGGUUACAGGUAGCGGAGUCUAUUACCACCUUCCGGAGACACCUGAAACCCCACCUCUUCAAGGAAUACCUAGGAUAGGAUAAAGCAAUCCUUCUCAUCCCCCCCCUUAAUGAUUUAGAUGCACUAUUGUAAAGGGGCUGUUCCACUGGAUGUCAGAAGGUGAAUUCACCAAUUUGUAAGUCGCUCUGGAUAAGAGCGUCUUCUAAAUGACUUAAAUGUAAUGUAAUGUAAUGUUUUACUGUUUGUUUUUGAUAUGAUCUUAAGAUAGAGGUUGGCCAAGCAUAGCAGUCUAGUUCAAGCUAAUUCUGGUUUGCGGUAUCAUACAAGAUGUAGCUUUAAUCAAAAAGAUUAACGUACAGUAACACAUUUUUCUAGUGCACAGAGAGCAACUAUGCAAUAUACUUUCAAUGUUUCCCAAGACACCCACCCGUAAUAUUUUGGAACAUUGAAUAAAUAAGUGCUCAAACUCAGCUUAGACUUUAAUUGAAGGGCAAGUGAACACAGAACCCUUAAUAACAGAGAGGAACUCCUUUGAACUAAUUACAAAUCCCAAACAGAUUCUCUAUGUGGCUACACUGAUAAAACUACAGAUAGAUGUUCUACUCGUGAGAUGUUGCAGAUGUGCUUUUGAUAAAGGAUGGUCACACUGAUAUUUUCCAGGAUUGUUUUGACUCAUCACCACCAACACUUAUACAUGGAGGUAUUGGCAAACUGUUACAUUGGAUGAUGCUGUAUUCAGUCAUACAGGUUGGCCAUUGAACCAGGGGACAUACAGUGGGUAUCAUAAGUAUUCAUACCCCUUGACUUUUUCCACAUUUUGUUGUGUUACAAAGUGGGAUUAAAAUGGAUUUAAUUCUUUUUUUUUGUCAACAAUCUACACAAAAUAAUAUGUUAUUGUGGAAGAAAAAUUCUAACAUUUGUAAUAUAUCUUGAUUAGAUAAAUAUUCAACCCCCUGAGUCAGUACAUGUUAGAAGCACCUUUGGCAGCAAUUACAACUGUGAGUCUUUCUGGGUAAAUCUCUAAGAACUUUGCAUACCUGGAUUGUACAAUAUUUGCACAUUAUUCUUCUUAAAAUUCUUCAAUUUGCAAGUCUUGCCAUAGAUUUUCAAGACGAUUUAAGUCAAAACUGUAACGAGGCCACACAGUAACAUUCAAUGUAAUCUUGGUAAGCAACUCCAGUGUAUAUUUUGGCCUUGUGUUUUAGGUUUUUGUCCUGUGAAAGUUGAAUUUGUCUCCCAGUGUCUGUUGGAAUGCAGACUGAACCAGGUUUUUGAUAGAGGAAUUAAAUUCCUAUAUGUUAAUACCCAAUUAAAUUAAUACACUCAGCCCAUUUCUAAGGAUUUGUAAGAAACUUAUUUGCAUAAAAUGGGCGGAGACCAGUCUCAAAAUCAAGCACUAGCAUUUAUUCUCGAGAGUACUGAACAUGAUACAAUUUACAACAGGUUAUAAACUGAAAAUGACGUCAUUAGGUUUCGAACUGUUCCGUCGCUCCUCCACUCCGGUACAAUGGCAGUAUAGUUCUCAAGCCUUCCUACAUCGUCUCUCACUAAUUUAGAUAAUUUAUGACCAAGCCACUUCCUGUGUAGAUAAGCAUUCUAGCCAGUCUGACGAUAAGUUCAUUCGUUUCUACCAAGGAACAGACAGUCAUUGCUCUAAUUCUUGAUUAUAAUUACACACAUUAUUUUCAGUACUAGGAUUAAAAGAAAAUUAUACAGUAACAUAAUAGUAUUCUGAUUAGUCAGUCCUGAUUGAAAUGUAUACAUAAUUAGCCAUUAUUGAUAAAAAAAUCCCUUAACAUAUCCACCCAAUGAUUAAAUAUUAUACAUCCAAUCACACAUCCAGUUUUAUUAAAAUAUUAAAAAGCAUACAUCUAUUUUUAUUAGAAAUAUUUGUUGUUAUCAAAAUACCUUCUAACAUAAACCAAUACUUGCAUUCACCCUGACUGUUUUUAGGCCUACAUCAGAAUCAUAACUCUUCUUAUCAGGAUUUUCGUUACAAUCUUCAUCGAAACAAGAUACAACCUAACAUCUCUAAAUAUCAAAAUGGUCUAAUCAAGACCUAAGUUCCUCGCAUGUGAAGAAUCCGGAUUCAUUCAUCUAUUUAGGUUUGAGGCAUAUAUUCAUCAUUCCACUGGUCAGAUCUUGGAAUCAGUCCAUACCGCACCAUCUGUUUUCUCAUUGAUUUCUCCAGAGUCCUGGAAAUGAGACCUCAUACACAGGGAAUUAGACAAUAGCCACAAAAAAAACUAAAACAGUCACACAGGUGAAGGUAACCCAUAACACAGUGAUCAUAACAUUUUUCCAUUUUCCAAACAUACUAUCAAACCAAUUAGUCAGAGAAGUAUCCACCCCAGAGUUUUCUGCCAACUCGUGAGCCAGGGUGGUCAAACCAGCUAAGGCUUUCGUCACUGAUUUGUCUGGAGCUGUGCCAUCGGGAAACAAACCACCUCCACCCACUCUCACCCUUUCCAGCCAACAAACAUAUCCAAUACUAUCCUAUGUAAAUUCUAUUGUUAAAAGAUCCAGACGGAGCACUCUCUCUCUUCUACCUGGCUCUAGGUCUUUGUGUUUGAUAAGGGGAAAGGCAUGCCUAACUGCACUAGUUGCACAACUACCGGUCCAAUUGGUAGGCAGGUUAGGCCCCAGUCUCACACCUCCACAAACCACCAGACAUCCGUUCUAGGCCUUUUAUCUUACUAAAGUCCUCAGACACAGUCAGGUCCCUCAUUGUCUCGUCAGCUGUAACAUUCUCUGUCCUAUUGCAUGUUCUUACUUCUCCUACGUCCCAUCCGUUUGUGAUGUAGCGAGCCAUACAAUAAUAAUGUCCUCCUGUAACUGUGAAAGGGGGAAGCCUGGAUGCAAUGGACACAUCGAAGGGAAGGGAAACCUAAAAUAAUGCAGAUCAAUGCAACUGUCAUUGUCUGGCUUCUCCGGCCUUCAAGAGCAGCUUUCCAUACAGGCCAUUCCCCUGGGUGAAUCAAUUCCAUCAAAUGGAAAGGGGAUGGUAGUCAGCUGAGGUUUGGCUAUGGCGCAGGCAUAACAUUCUUCUUUAGCUACUGAUCUGGCUGUAUAGUGGAUCCAUUCUAACCAAAGGUUAGAAUCCCCAUAACCAGUUCCUACCUCAAUCACUUCCUUCAGAUAUUUCGUCUUCACUAUCUUCACCGGCCCUUGGCUCUGGACUACUCUGCUGUCAGUGUCUAUUGUGUCAGGUGCUCUGCUUGUAUUCCUGCUGACAUAGAGUUACCACUUGGCCUAACCUCCUCUACCCGGAACCGUACUAGGUUGUUGACCGAAAACUGUUAAAAUCCAACAUACCAUAACACUAGAUCCUCUUUCAUUACUUUUUUAAGGGUAAGGCGUAUCUUUAUGCAAUACAUCCCUCUCUCCGGAUUACAGUCAAAAACUCUCACCUUCACUAUACUCCACCUCCUUCCAUACUGGGUGAGUGAAUUCAUAUAGCCCUCUCUCUCUGUAUGAGCUAUGACCUGUGUCCACGACCAACAUGGGGACCUGCACCGAUAUAUACCAUAAUGGCUCAGAGUCCUAGACUGCCAUGUAGUUAGAGACCCCAUUUGGUCUACAUAAAACUCCAUUGAGACAUCCUUCCCAACCUCUACUCUAACUUCCUGUCUACCCAGAUCUAGGGAUCUCUUAUGCUUGUUUGGAACAAAAUCCUCAUCGUCUAAACCAUGGGUCAAAUGACCACUCUCCGCAUACUCAGGUGGGCGUGGUGUAUCAGGAAUAUGGCUCCCACGAUAAGACAGCACUCCGGUGAAGCCCCACCCUUUUCCCAGAAAAUCAAAUCAAAUGUAUUUUAUAUAGCCCUUCGUACAUCAGCUGAUAUCUCAAAGUGCUGUACAGAAACCCAGCCUAAAACCCCAAACAGCAAGCAAUGCAGGUGUAGAAGCACGGUGGUUAGGAAAAACUCCCUAGAAAGGCCAAAACCUAGGAAGAAACCUAGAGAGGAACCAGGCUAUGUGGGGUGGCCAGUCCUCUUCUGGCUGUGCCGGGUGGAGAUUAUAACAGAAUAUGGCCAAGAUGUUCAAAUGUUCAUAAAUGACCAGCAUGGUCGAAUAAUAAUAAGGUAGAACAGUUGAAACUGGAGCAGCAGCACGGCCAGGUGGACUGGGGACAGCAAGGAGUCAUCAUGUCAGGUAGUCCUGGGGCAUGGUCCUAGGGCUCAGGUCCUCCGAGAGAGAGAAAGAAAGAGAAUUAGAGAGAGCAUAUGUGGGGUGGCCAGUCCUCUUCCGGCUGUGCCGGGUGGAGAUUAUAACAGAACAUGGCCAAGAUGUUCAAAUGUUCAUAAAUGACCAGCAUGGUCGAAUAAUAAUAAGGUAGAACAGUUGAAACUGGAGCAGCAGCACGGCCAGGUGGACUGGGGACAGCAAGGAGUCAUCAUGUCAGGUAGUCCUGGGGCAUGGUCCUAGGGCUCAGGUCCUCCGAGAGAGAGAAGGAGAGAAUUAGAGAACGCACACUUAGAUUCACACAGGACACCGAAUUGGACAGGUGAAGUACUCCAGAUAUAACAAACUGACCCCAGCCCCCCGACACAUAAACUACUGCAGCAUAAAUACUGGAGGCUGAGACAGGAGGGGUCAGGAGACACUGUGGCCCCACCCGAGGACACCCCCGGACAGGGCCAAACAGGAAGGAUAUAACCCCACCCACUUUGCCAAAGCACAGCCCCCACACCACUAGAGGGAUAUCUUCAACCACCAACUUACCAUCCUGAGACAAAGAUGAGUAUAGCCCGCAAAGAUCUCCGCCAAACAUAUCAGCAGCAAGAGGCCAAGACACACUUUCACUUCUAUGAACACUCACAGCGGGGAAAGGUCGGGUUAAAGGGAAGUCUUCAGUAGGAGUGUAACCCCCGUAUCCUGUUGAUUACGGUUCUGCUCCUACCCCUAUGAUUGUUCGUGAGUGUCAGUGUGUCCUACCCUCUUACAAUGUGUGAUAUGCACCCAAGUUGCUCUUUCAGCUAUCCUCAUCGCGUAGGCAGUCACCAGGAGUACUUGGUAUGGCCCCACCCACCGUGCUGCUUCCCGUCUAUUCUCCUCGGGGACUGAAUUGAGUGAAUCACCUUAUCCUGUAGUUCACCUGUAGUGCAUAAAUCUUGGACAUACAGGUUUGGUUAACAAACAGUUUCUCAUAUGUUCUAUCUGAUUAUAUAUUUAACUUCUAUGCCUACUUGUUAGCUAAAAAAAAUGUUAUUGUUAGUUUAAUAUCCAAUAGGCCACUAAGUGUCCUAUCCUAGACCACAAUUUACCCAUCCCCGGUUUGAUACCUGGCUCUGCCCAGGUAACAACUUUAUCUAUUCUAAUUAAUGACUUAUGUAAGAUUCGUAAAUUAUCCUUAUGUUCUGACAUUAUCAUGUAUGUCCAAUUCUCCCUUUGGCGUCCAUUCAUAUCUAUCCUGUACCAAUUCUCUGUCAAGUGUCUUAUCUACUUUAAUAGGUAUCUGUGUUCAUUUCCUCUCUGCUCUGUAACAACCAUGUGUUGCUUCCAAAUUUUACCUAAUGUCUCACUGUUUGGCUUUAUCUAAACUCAUGGAUUUUUUUUAGAAAAACAUGUCCAUGGUGUCAAUUUCUAAAGUCCUUAUAUAGGUUAAUUAAGGUUCUCGAUCCUAUCCAUAAUUCUGAAUCACCACAGAUGUCAUAUAUCCCUGUCAAACUUCAAUACUAUUUAAAUAAAAAUAUUUGAAUGGUUAAUUAAAGCCAAAACGAAUGCUAACCAUA